AUGUUUUCGUCACCUACUAUGCUGGAAGCGCAGAACGGGGAAAUUCAUAUGCAAGAUGCGAAAUACGAUUCUGUACGAGCAAUGGUAGAAUUCAUGUAUACUGGUGCCACAGAAUCACUGGACCAAGGGAACAUUGACGAAAUUUUGGCUAUAGCUGAUAAAUACGAAGUUCUGAUGCUCAAAGAUCAAUGUGAACGUCUUAUCGCUCAAACGAUCAAUCUGAAAAAUGUCACUCAAGUAGCCAUGUUCUCCGACACCUACACAGCGGAUUAUUUGAAGUCUGCAGUAAUUCGAUUCCUGAUGACCCAUCAUCGAGUAGUCAUCAAAACUCAAGAUUGGAUAAAUCUGAAGAAAAGCAGGCACGAAUUGGCUAAUGAGUUACUGGAAGCAGUGCUAACGACGGAUCAAGACGAUGAUGACACAUCCAUGUCUGCUAGCCAAGUCUCGUCGCCACCAUCACGGAAACGUGUUCGUCGCAGUGCGAAGUAG